AUGUCCGACAAUCCCCUCACCAUGGCCGCUGUCAACAAGCUUCUUCAUUCAACAACUGCAUUCCGUGUUUGCCGGAGACCGGGUGCUAGGAAACAGAAAUUGGAGACUCAUCUAAAUCAAAGCUUUUUGGCGAGGUGCAGUGAAUGGGCUCGCGAGAACGCAGACCCUACAAUUGUGGCUGUUAAGAAGGAACGAUGGAAGCCAAAAACAAAAGUAAAAAUUGAAAAAGUAGAAGACGAAAAACGGGAGUCUUUGCCACUUGCUGAACGAACCCGGUCUGCAGCUCGUCGUCGCGCUCUUGAUCAAGUUGUGUCAAUGGAAAUCUUACCGAAAGAGGAAAAACAUUGUGUGACAUCUCUGUUGUCUACAUUUCCUUCUUUGAAACGGGUGCAUUUUGAUGAAGAGACGGAACAUAUGGAUGAUGCCAAGCAGAAGAGAAUUGAGUCAACCACAUCUCUUCGUUCGCCUCCGCUGAUUAAAGUCGAAGAGUUGUCAAGCGAAGAAAGCGUGAAGGAAGUCGUCCCAAAGCCAAAGCCACCAUCUAAAAUACGCCCUCCUUCUCUUUCGACAGAAUUACUUGAGCGAAUGAGGGAACGACAACGAGGAGUCGUUCAGCCGCAGCCAACAUCAGUCGCGCCUAAUCAACAAGCUGCAUCUCAUCCACAACGUCUUCAGUUUGCACCGGAAGUGUCUUUGAAACUUGCUCGCCUUUCUAUCAGUACUCCAAGCUUCUCGGGACAAAUGAUCGCACCCCCUAGGCCAAUUGAACGUCGCCCAUCCUGGGCCGGUCGCCCAUCUUUAUUGGGCAAUUUUGCGGAGCCACUUCUUGAAGAUCGGGAACUCAAGUUCAAUGAAGAUCAAAGCGAUGUGAUCAAGCAGGCGCCUGUUAACGAUCGUCGUUCUUCUUUCAUCAAUUUGCGUGCUUUGUCUCCCAUCGACAGUCUCUCUGAUCAAUCGUCUUCAAUGACUGCAAACACGCACAGCACGGACCUUCAACCUUCAAGUGUCACUCUUCAGUCGCAGCCACACCCUGAUUCUGAUUAUUAUGAAGAUGACAUGAGUCGUUUCAAUGGCGUUCGUGAAUCGUUGCCACCUGAAAUGAAGAGAAUGGUUGAGGAGGGACUUCGCGAUCUUCCUCGACAUCUUACUGUUCGUCGCACCUUGGAGAAUCGUGCAUCUGUGUUGCCGAAGAAUCACCGUCAAUCUAAUUCGCAAUAUAUGCCAUCAACGGACAAUAAUUAUGUUUCAUUAAAAAAAAUCACUAAAAUAACGCUUCUCGAAAUUCUACUGCUAAUUGCCGUUGGUCGACGAAUGACGUCAUCCAGAAGCGAUUUCUCGGCGAUCAAGGAGUAUGCAGAGCAACAACGAGAAAUCGGCUCUUGCAUCCCACAAAUGAGGGAGACUUUGAAGCAGUCGAUCCUGUCAGGAACCGGCGUCGGUGCUCCAUUCGGUCUUUACGUUGCGUACGCACAGGGACAUCGCCGAUUUGGACCAUAUUUGUUUAAGACGUUUGCCACAAUGACGGUGACAGUGACCACGUUCACAGUGUUUGGCAUAAUGCUUGGAACAUAUAAUUGCCUCCGAAUAAGGGAU